UGCGACUCAGGGCCUUACUCUACGCGGAGCUUUGACAGAGACUCCCUGAGGGGUGGCGGGGCGGACUCUUGGCGUCGCGCGCAUGCCUGGCAGGGCCGGGCGGCUCUUCUCUGGAGGCUGUGGCUCGGAGGCCUCAGCUGGGCCUAAGAUGGACAUCCCGGCCAUGCUCGCCGCCCCGGUCGCGCGGGGAGACCAACAUGGCGGUGGGCCAAGCCGACUUCGCCGCGGCGCGGGGCCGUCCCUCGGUGCGGGCCCCGGGCGCCGCCGCCUGCUGCUACUGAGGGGCCCGGAAGAUGGCGGGCCCGGGCCGCGUCAGGAGGAGGCCCCAGGGCCGGGGCCGAGCCUGCCGCCCUCCGAGGACGGCGGCGACUCCUUCGUGGUACUGCUGGAAGUGCCGCGCGCGACUGACGCCCACGGGCAGGAGGAGGCCGAGCCGGGUCCCUGCGCGAGUCCCCCGGAGCAGGUCCCGGCCGCCGCCCCCGGCGCGGCUCUGGCGGGCACCGUCACCAUCCAUAACCAGGACCUCCUGGUGCGCUUCGACCGCGGCGUCUUCACGCUGGCCCCCGCGCCCGCGCCGGUCGCCCCGAGCCUGCAUCCCGCGACCACCCCGGGCCCAGAACCCUCGAGCGCUUCCGUGGUCCGCCGCGGAGCGGUGGCCGCCGGGGCUGGCUCUCCAGCCUACCGCUGCCCGGAACCGCAGUGCGCGCUGAGCUUCGCCAAGAAGCACCAGUUGAAGGUGCACCUGCUGACGCACGGCAGCCUCCAGGGCCGGCGGCCCUUCAAGUGCCCGCUGGAUGGCUGCGGCUGGGCCUUCACCACCUCCUACAAGCUCAAGCGACACCUGCAGUCGCACGACAAGCUGCGGCCCUUUGGCUGCCCGGUGGGGGGCUGCGGCAAGAAGUUCACCACGGUGUACAACCUCAAGGCGCACAUGAAGGGCCACGAGCAGGAGAGCCUGUUCAAGUGCGAGGUGUGCGCCGAGCGCUUCCCCACACACGCCAAACUCAGCUCCCACCAGCGCAGCCACUUCGAGCCCGAGCGCCCCUACAAGUGUGAUUUUCCCGGCUGUGAGAAGACAUUCAUCACAGUGAGUGCCCUGUUUUCCCAUAACCGAGCCCACUUCAGGGAACAAGAGCUCUUUUCCUGCUCCUUUCCUGGAUGCAAUAAACAGUAUGACAAAGCCUGUCGACUGAAAAUUCACCUGCGAAGUCAUACAGGUGAAAGACCAUUUAUUUGUGACUCAGACAGUUGUGGCUGGACCUUCACUAGUAUGUCCAAACUUCUAAGGCACAAAAGGAAACACGACGAUGACCGGAGGUUCACCUGCCCUGUGGAAGGCUGUGGCAAGUCAUUCACUAGAGCAGAACAUCUGAAGGGCCACAGUAUCACCCACCUGGGAACAAAGCCAUUCGAGUGCCCCGUGGAAGGGUGCUGUGCCAGGUUCUCGGCUCGAAGCAGUCUGUACAUUCAUUCUAAGAAACACCUGCAGGAUGUGGGUGCUCCGAAAAGCCGCUGCCCAGUGUCCAGCUGCAACCGACUCUUCACCUCUAAGCACAGCAUGAAGGCACAUGUGGUGCGGCAGCACAGCCGGCGCCAAGAUCUUGUACCUCAGCUGGAAGCUCCAAGUUCUCUCACACCCAGCAGUGAACUGAGUAGCCCAGGCCAAAGCGAGCUCACCAACAUAGAUCUAGCAGCACUUUUCUCUGACACACCUGCUAACAGUGGCAGUUCGACAGCUGGGUCAGAUGAAGCCCUGAACUCUGGGAUCCUCACCAUUGAUGUCUCUUCUGUGAGCUCCUCUCUGGGAGGAAAUCUCCCUUCUAAUAAUAACUCCUUAGGGCCCAUGGACCCCCUGGUCCUGGUGACCCACAGUGAUAUGCCUCCAAGUUUAGACAGUCCUCUUGUUCUUGGGACAUCAGCCACAGUUCUCCAGCCAGGCAGUUUCAGUACAGAUGAUUCUCAGGCCAUGAGCACAGGAGCAGUAGGCUGUCUGGUGGCUCUGCCUGUGAGGAACUUGGAUCAAGACCCACCAGCUUUGACUCCCAGCAAUAACUUGACAGUACCUGACACUGCACCAACCUCUUCAGGCACUGCCCAAGAAACUACCAGAGUCCCAGAUCUGCUGGUUCCAAUAAAAGUGGAACAAGACUUGCCUCCUGUCCCAGAUGUGGUCCAGGGGCCAGAAGAAAGCCAUGAGCCAUCCCAGUCUAUGCUGUCCAGCUCUGCAGAGAGGCCAGGGGCUCAAAAGGACUCAGAGCUCAGUGCUGGCACCGGCAGCCUCUACUUGGAAAGUGGGGGCUCAGCAAGAACUGAUUACCGAGCCAUUCAACUAGUCAAGAAAAAAAAGCAGAAAGGAACUGGGAGCGAUGAAGGUGGUGACACUGACUUGGAAGUCCAAGGAGGCUUGAGGACAGAAUGAGGUGAGAAAGCUCAAGAAAGCAAGGGACUACACUAAAUGCUCAAGCCUGUCACAUGUCUACCACAAUGGCCCAGCAGAGAAAGAAUGAUGGUGUAUCAUGGGUAGAGUCACAAACUGGAGUCCAGGACACAGAAACAGGGCCUGGUGCAUCCUUGCAUGUGGCAGAAGUGACCCUGUGUACUUCUAACAACUGAAUGCUACCCUUUGUGGAUUGCAAAGGGUUUAGGGCUUUUGAAAACGCUGUAACAACAGCCAGCAACUUAACUGCACUCUGCUCUACCUGCUGUAACAGAAGGACCCGUUUUGUCCCACGGUCACCUUGGCAGGCUAGGCAAGGAGGCGGUUCUUCACAUGUUACACAUGUGCUGGCAGGAGGCCCAAGGCACCAGAGGCAUGGUAAACACUCUUGUCAGCGGAUUUGACCAGAGCCACAUCUGAUGAGAACUCAAGGUGGCAAGCACUACCAUGAACAAGUGUUUGCAGAAGACUGCCAGAGUGGCUGCAUAGGCAUCCAAGGAGGCCCUCUUGAAGAUGACCUGGGUGUCUACAGGGUCAUUAGGUGAUGAUUCCAAGAGGAAAAUAACAAAGCCGGGUAAUGAUUACAUGUGCAGCUGCACCUUACUGUCUGGCUUAUGAAGAUAUCAGGAGUCCAUGUAAAGGGCCCAUCUGCAAGCUGCUAUUCUACCAAAAUUUUGAUAAGAAAAUAUUUACAACCCAGAUGUAUGACAACAAAACCGUACACUUUGUGAAUGUUUUAGGUGAGUCAGUCUAUAAGAACGAUGGGUGUAUGGAUGGACAUCUGUGUAUAUACAUCGAAAUAGAAGUUAGGUAAGACAUGCACAUGCAUAGAUGGUCUCACCCAACACUGGGUGUGAAGAAAGAUUGAAUAUUUUACUGUGGUCAUUUCUACUUUUUGUAUUUGAGAAUACAUCAGUUUUGUAAUUUUAAAAACUGAAAUUAAAACUUACAUUAAAAUAGCAAGCAGUAGAGUAGGCAUUUCUUCUGAGUGGCUUGUGAAGCUUUCCCAAGCUCUCUGGUGUCAUUAGUACACAGAGAUGUGUGAUUCCCUUUCAAGAGAAGCAGGAGAAAGAAGCCAGGGUAGGCAUGUGCUUUCCACUCAAUUGCUUUGGUAGCCCUGGGGUGACCUACUCGUUCCAGCAAAGCCUAGUCUAUAGCCAGAGAACUAUGUAGCUGUGCCAUGUGCAUGUGGCUGAGUUGAGGCUUGAGUCAGUGAUCUUACCUUCGUUGUAAUCUUUUCACUUUAAAACAAGUAUCUUUGGGCAUGUGUAUCACAGGUUCUGCCCCCCCUCCUUUGGCUGCCAUCAUGAAUGAAGAAGGGACUCCUUGAAGGAAGAGGUUUGCUGUCAGCCCAGGAGUCACACUGCUGACACUUCUCUUUCUAGGAGCGAAUUUAGUGACAUCUAUAAAAUUCCAUGGAAGUUUAAGUGCAAAACACUAGUUGGGUUUGGAUUUCAUGGGAAUGUCAUUUAGCUGCAGGAGCUUUGGCCCAUCUUAUGGGCCACACACACACACACACACACACACACACACACCUAGAACGUGCAGGCCUAUAGUUGAGGUGGCUUUGGGGAACCAAAGUGGAGUAUAGACUUUACACUGUCACCACAUGGUUUGUCCAUUAGCCAGGUGCCUCUGCUCCAGCUAUGCCUAGUCUCUCUUCUCUGUGUGUUAAGUUUGGUAAAGUUCUUUCAGGCACUGGCCUUGGAGGACUGUUGAAUGGCUGCUCUCUACAGGCUGUGUCUGUAAAUGAUCUUGGGUGGGCUCUGGUCAUCUCUGUUCUGAGCCUGAGCUCUUUCAUUCUCCAAACCACAACUAAAGGCAUCAUUGCAGGCAGCCACUUGAGCACAGUGGCACUAGUCAUUGAGAAGCAAACAUCCAGAGUGACCGUAACAUUAAGGGACUACCCCCUACCAAAGAGAAGGGAGCAAGAAAAAUGGUGUCACCAGAGUCUAGAAGAGGAACAGUGCAAAGAAACAGACAAGGGAGAUAGUUCCUGCCACACAACAGCAGCCUGUCUGGUUCCCACCCACCUGAGCCUCAUCUCUCUGAUCACAGGAUCAGGUUCUGGGGGAGCCUGGGUAGUAGCCUCUAAGGACAUGAAGGCUGAAAAUCUUCUGUCCUUGUCCCCAUUGUUGUCUCCAUACUGCUGGGGUGGUGGGAACAGGGUACACUGUAAAGGGUCUCAUUAUGUAGUCCCAAACUAUCCUGUCUUAAAUGCUGGGUCUAGUGGUAUGAAGCACCGUCAGCUACCACUGCAUUUUGAUGAUAGAUUUACUGGGGGAAGUAUCAUUGUACCACAUAAUGAAGAUGCAGAAAAUACUUGCUAAUGAGUAAUAAAACACACAGAUCACUCAGCCAUGAAGCAUAUUUCAAAUAGUUAUUUUUAGUGUAUGUAUAAAAUACCCUUCAUAUUAAAGCCUGACAGAGUUGUCGUAUCUAAGGUUUUCUGUGCACCUGGCCUGGUUCUGAGUCAUUGUAUUGUGUCUAUUAGCCAACCCCUAGUCCUCUCUAAAACUCUGAAAGGUAUAUGUCCUGUUAUCUCCAUUUCUGGAUGAGGAUCUUGGAACAUGAAGCAGUAAUAGCCAAUGAGGAUCAAUACCAGGACUAGAAUCUAAGGCAGACUGGUCCCAGGAUUACCCGAACCCAUAGGCCAUGUGCUAUGUCUGCCCUUCCUUGGUUGAAGUGGACUGUAAGGAGUGGGUAAGGCUUGCCUAGAGUUUCAAGGGGCUCCUGGUUAGUUAGGCAGCCUGCCAGCAUGAUUGACCAUGUCAAAGACCGGAAAACCAUAAUGUUUCUACAAUCAAUCAGUAACUGUCACAGUCUUUCAGGCCUUAAUUAACUGAGAACCCAAGAUGUCCCCCUAAUCAUAGUGGCCAUCGCCAUUUUGUUUGUUUGUUUGUUUGUUUGUUUGAGACAGGGUUUCUCUGUAGCUUUGUAGCCUCUCCUGGAGCUAGCUCUUGUAGACCAGGCUGGCCUCGAACUCACAGAGAUCCACCUGCCUCCGACUCCCUAGUGCUGGGAAGCCAUCACAAUUUUUAUUAGAGAGCAGCCAAAGACAAUUCCCUGAGAAUCUAGGAAAGACAUCCAACCAACUUCGUGGCAGUAUUUGACUCUCUGAUGGGAGGUUUGCAGAGGUUGGUGGAGAGGAGCAUGGUGAUAGCUUAUCAUGAUGAUAUCAUUGAACUUGGAAAGGCUUCAGUACAAAGCAUGAGUAGUCUCAAGACACCUGUGGGAAAGAGUGGCACUAUGAUGGGUCACUCAGCUCCUUGCUUUUCGGUUAAACAGUAAAUAAGAUAGUGGAGAAAUAGAUGGUAAUGACAAGACAAAAGUAAGCCAUUCCAGGGCCACAGUGACAAGGACAGGCAGGGUAAGGUCUGCCAGAU